UAUGCCCUGCCAAACUCUUCGUUCUCCUCCUGCAUGACUCUACAUUUUUCCAACCUCUCUCUCAAACAAUCCCACACUUUGCCUUCUUCCGGCAGAACCCUCUUAACUUGCCAUCCCUCUGGCAUCCAUGGAAACCAGUCACUGCUGAAGCUGUCUGUGCAUUGGAACGCUCUCCGGCGCCGAGCAAAACCGGAGAAGAGAUGCUGGAGAAGAAGGGUCAUUACGGUCCCCAAGUCUGGUUCGUCGUCCUCAUUUCUUCUCUGCUGUGUUUGGUUUUGCUGUUUUCCUUUGAUCGCUCGUUCUUGAGUGGCGGCGGACGCGGCGGCAACAAUGGGGUCGCUUUCUUCGUCGACAAUUAUGAGAAUUCCAUCGAUACCCGCAAGCCCGAAUCACUACCUUUCGGUCGGAGUCUUAACAAGACCAUCGAUCCAGCCCCCAUUGACAAAGGGUCACUCCUAAAAGCAAACAAUACAGCUAGGAAUCGCGAGGUUCCUAAUGUUGGUCUUAGUCCACCCGGCGUCAUUGUGGGGGACAAAUCUGAUGAUGAUUCGGCUUCACCCACUAACCAGAGCAGUGAACAUCAAAGUAUCGACAUGGGUUUUGACAGAGGUUCAUGCUCUGGCAGAUUCAUUUACAUUCAUGAUCUCCCCGGCAGGUUCAAUAAUGACCUGCUUCGGAAGUGUGAGUCACUGACCAGAGGGACAGAUGUGAACAUGUGUCCGUAUAUGGAAAACCUGGGCAUGGGUCCUGCUGUGGCCGAUUCCGGAGGGGUAUUGUUGAACAGUAGCUGGUUCAGGACGAACCAGUUCCUACUGGAAGUUAUCUUCCAUAACAAGAUGAAGCGGUAUGAGUGCCUGACUAAUGAUUCAUCCCUCGCUUCGGCGAUCUAUGUGCCGUACUAUGCUGGGCUGGACAUUAGCCAGUACCUCUGGAGUUCCAACAUAUCCGUGAGGGACGCCACGGCCUUUGAUCUCGUUCGGUGGUUGUCCGGGAGACCAGAGUGGAGGCGGAUGUCUGGUCGAGACUAUUUCCUCGUGGCGGGUAGGAUAGCGUGGGAUUUCAGGAGACAGUCUGAUAACCCGUCCUAUUGGGGGAGUAAGCUGAUGUUCUUGCCACAAUCUCAGAACAUGACGAUGUUGUCCGUGGAGUCGAGUGUUUGGAACAAUGAUUUCGCAAUACCGUACCCGACUUAUUUCCAUCCUUCGAAGGGUGUUGAAGUUGCACAAUGGCAAGAUAGAAUGAGAAAGCAGGAGAGAAAGUACCUGUUUGCUUUCGUAGGCGCUCCGCGACCUGAACUUGAGUUCACUAUCCGGGGUGAGAUCAUUAACCAGUGUCUUGUGUCGAAUGGGAAAUGCAAGUUGCUCAACUGCAGUUCCAGCACGAGUAAUUGCGAUGAUCCGGUUAAUGUGAUGAAGGUGUUUCGAAGCUCAGUUUUCUGUUUACAACCGCGGGGAGACUCUUACACCAGGCGGUCGACAUUUGACUCGAUUUUGGCCGGGUGCAUUCCUGUGUUUUUCCAUCCUGGCACAGCUUAUGUGCAAUAUGUAUGGCACUUACCAAGAGAUCAUACUAAGUAUUCCGUGUUUAUCCCAUUGGAUGAGGCGAAGAAGGUUAGCAUCGAACCGAUACUCCAAAGCAUUCCGGAGAAUGAAGUAUGGGCCAUGAGAGAGGAGGUUAUACGGCUGAUUCCGAGGAUCGUUUAUGCAGAUCCCAGGUCCAAAGAAAAGAACUUCGAUGAUGCAUUCGAAAUAGCCAUUAAAGGAGUUUUAGAGAGGAUAGGAAAGGUAAGGAAAGCGAUUGCGAGCGGGGCAGAUCCCAGUAUUGGUUUCGCUGAACAAAACCAUCAGAAAUUCGACUUCCCCAUGUCCGAGCCAGAAAAACAGGAAAGAAGGCGCUAAACGAGGGAAAUCCUAUAUGCAGCUGGAAGCAGAAUUGGUCGAUUUUUAUAGGCCUUUCUCCCUCCCAAACUGCCUUCGGGGUCUUGUGUUGUUGAUCCUGUCAUUUUAUUUAUAAUGUGCAGCUCUGCAUAUGCCCAAAAGAGCGUAUACUAUACUUAGAUCUCAUACAUGCAAACCAUAUAAUUCAACAAGAGGAGAUCCAUUUUGAAGAUG